AACUUCCCUCUGUUCUGCUUCGAUCGAGCGAAACAGAAGCAGAAGGCUGAAGCUGCCGAGCAGCAAAGACACACAGAAUCACAGAAAUGGAUAAGAAAGCCAAACAGCUGAAGAUAAUAGUAGUUGCCCUCGCUUCUUUGACAGCUCUCUCAGUCUUCUUCCUCGCGCGAGAACGAAGACGCCGAAAGCAGAAGUGCCCCCAAAGUCGGUGUUAUUUACAAGCCGACCACAUCAAGCCACAGUGCGGAUUCAAGCGUGUCUUAGCUGAAAAUACAUACUCUCCGUUCAAGCAUUUAAACCUCCUCAACGACCCUCAAGAAGAUAAGACUUGGAAUUCGCAUCCUUACGAGGCGGAAGUCACUGCCUUGAUGGAAAGUCCUCGGCUUGAGCUUCAGUGCAUUACGAUGAAGAAUGUGGAUUUGAAAAAAUUGAGUGAGUCGUACGUUUGGGUUGAGACUGAGUCGCAGUUGAAGGAACUCGUUGAGGUUUUGAGUAAAGAGAAGGUCUUUGGCGUUGAUACUGAGCAGCAUAGCUUAAGAUCCUUUUUGGGUUUCACAGCUUUAGUGCAGAUUUCUACUGAGAAAGAAGAUUAUUUGGUGGACACGAUUGCUCUGCGUGAUUGCAUGAGCCUUCUUAGGCCAGUUUUUGCGGAUGCUAGUAUCUGUAAGGUGUUCCAUGGGGCAGAUAGUGAUGUUCUCUGGCUACAAAGGGAUUUCCAUAUUUAUGUUGUUAAUCUCUUCGAUACUGCAAAGGCUUGCGAAGUGUUGUCAAAACCACAGAAAUCACUGGCUUAUUUACUUGAAUCUUACUGUGGAGUAGUCACAAACAAAUUGUUACAGCGCGAAGACUGGAGGCAACGACCCUUGUCAACAGAAAUGGUGCAAUAUGCUCGAACAGAUGCACACUAUUUACUGUAUAUUGCACACUGUUUAAUUGCUGAGCUGGAAAUACUGGAUAACGAAAACUCCUGUUCCAAUGACAAAUUCCGUUUUGUUCUCGAGGCUAGUCGGCGUUCAAACUUGAUGUGUUUGCAACUGUACACUAAAGAGAUAGAAGCUUCUCCUGGAGAGUCUGCUGCAUCAUCAAUUUUUAGCCGCCAUUUGAAUGGACGAAGAGGAAUUUCAUCAGUUUCUUGUGAAAUUCAGGGUGCUGUGAGCAAAUUAUGCGCAUGGAGAGAUUUAAUGGCUCGUGUACAUGAUGAGAGCUUGAGAUAUGUAAUAUCAGAUCAAGCUAUUGUUGCCCUUGCAGAUAAAGCUCCUACAACCCCUACAGAUAUAUUAGCUACCAUUGCUCAAGCUGAUUCUAAUGUGGAUUCAAGUUUGAGUUCAGGCCUCUCAUCUCCAUCCCCUGUUGUUUGCAGUCAUUUGGAUGAUCUAUAUCAUCUGCUCCAGAACAAAAUUGGCAACGCUGAUGAUUUCUUUCCCCUGAUUCUUCAAAACUGCCUGGGUACAAAUGGGAGUUGUCCACUGUCUAUCUUCAAUUAUGCUUUGCUGAUUAAGUGUAAUCUGAAAAUGACUCAAGUUUCUAGACAAAAUGGGGUCAGAAACUCAAAGAAAGUUGCUCGAAAAAGUUCUCGGCAGCUGUUUGUUCAAAAAUUUUCCUGCAAAGCUCCAGUUUAUCAUAAUUGCAGGAUCUAUGCAGAUGAUGGGCGGUUGCUUUGUUACUGUGACCGCAGGAAGCUUGAGUGGUAUCUUCGUCGGGAUUUGGCGAAACUUGUUGAUGAAAAUCCACCUGCCAUUAUGCUUCUUUUUGAGCCCAAAGGCCGUCCAGAAGAUGAAGGCAAUGAUUUUUACAUUCAAAGUAAGAAAAAUAUAUGUGUUGGCUGCGGCGAAAGAAAUCAUUACUUACGGUACCGAAUAAUUCCCUCAUGCUACAGAAUGCACUUCCCGGAACAUAUGAAAAGCCACCGCUCUCAUGAUAUUGUCCUAGUAUGCGUGGACUGUCACGAAAUAGCUCAUGCCUCUGCUGAGAAGUACAAAAAACAGAUCGCUGCAGAAUAUGGGAUUCCACUUUUUGUUCGUAAAGUGGUUGUUUCAGAACAAGCUCAAGCUAUAUCUGAGUCAUCUGUGCCAGCAACAUCUUUUGAGGAGGAAGGUGUAUCUCCUUUACAAUUGCGAACUGCUGCUGUGGCUCUUUUGCGCCAUGGACCAAGAAUGCCAUCCACGCGCCGUGACGAACUGACAGAGGUACAUGAGCGUAUAUUUAGCUCUUGAUUUUUAAAAAACUAUUACAAUGGUAUAUAAGUUCAUUAUGGUUGGAUAAAGCAAAAGGGCAGUGAAUGCUACAACUCUUGGUUGAACUUUAGUAAAAUGGCUUCAUUUUUUCUUGCAUUUCUUUCAGUAUAAAUAUCCAUGAUUGUG